GUGGUUCUGCUGGGGAUGGACAUCCUGUCGGCGCUGGUCAGCAGACUGCAGGAGAGGUUCAGGACGCAGGUCGGCACAGUUCUGCCGAGCCUCAUGGACCGUUUAGGAGACGCUAAAGAUCAGGUGAGGGAGCAGGACCAGGCGCUGCUGCUGAAGAUCAUGGACCAGGCUGCCAACCCUCAGUUUGUUUGGGAGCGCAUGAUGGGAGGCUUCAAACACAAGAACAACCGCACCAGAGAGGGCCUCUGCCUCUGCCUCAUCUCCACCCUCAACGUGUUUGGAUCUCAGAGUCUGACGCUGAGUAAGAUCGUCCCUCACAUCUGCAACCUGCUGGGAGACCCCACCAGCCAG